AUGGGUCGCUCUGUGCAUGAGGAAACAAAAGGAAGCCCACUAGGUGCAUGGUGCAGUCAGGUGGUCGUGCCAAAGAGGGUGAGUGCCGUUCUGGGGAAGAAUGUGACUCUGGAGUGCAGGGUGGAGGUGGGCACCAACCUGACUCUUACCCAGAGUUCCUGGGAGCGCCGUCUGCCUUCAGGCUCCGUCACUGUGGCCGUGUAUAACCCAGAGUUUGGCACGUCCAUCCCUCCGGAGUAUAUCAAUCGCCUGUAUUUUCGCUCACCUUCAUCUCAUGAUGCCACCAUUGUACUGGAAAAUGUGGUAUUUUCUGAUAUUGGGAUUUAUACCUGUAAAGUGGCUACAUUUCCUCUGGGAAACACCCAAGCCUCCACAACUGUCAAUGUUCUAGUUGAACCCAAGGUCUAUGUGUCUGCUGGUUCCACGGCUCUGAUCGACGGGGGCAACGAGACGGUGGUGGCCACCUGCAUCGCGGAGCGAGCCCGCCCCCCCGCCGAGGUUUCCUGGGAGUCCAACCUCUUCGGCAAGUCAGAAGUGCAACUGUUUGACGACGUCAACGGCACGACCAGCACACGGGUGCGAUACAUCUGGCAGCCCACGCGCCACGUCCAGGGCCACGAGCUGGCCUGCAUCAUCCGCCACCCGGCCCUGCAGAGCGACUUCAGGAUCCCCUACCAGCUCAACGUGCAGUUUGCUCCCGACAUCUCUGUUGUAGGGUAUGAUGGAGACUGGUAUGUUGGCCGUGAAAACGUUCAGAUGACGUGCAAAGCCAAUGCAAACCCACCAGCUCAUCAUUUCCGAUGGAUCAGAUUGGACAGUGAAAUGCCGGAAGGGCUGGAAAUCAUAAACAGCACGUUGCUCUUCCUGCGUCCCCUCCAGCGGAACGACUCUGGAGUUUACAGGUGUGAGGUGGCCAACGACAUCAACCUCCGCAGCCGUGACGUGCGCAUCCUCAUACAAGAUCCUCCCACCAUGCCUUCCACCAUUACCGCUCCUGUCCUAACCGGCCCUUCCUCCUCCACCUUUGUGGUCGAUAAAGGCCUUGUCCUUCUGAGCGCCCCCACGCUCCGGGCCCUGCCGGAAAGUAACCUCGGUUCCAUAGUGGGCGGGGCCGUGGGCGGGGCCUUGUUCCUGCUGCUGCUCUUAUCUCUGGUUGGCGUUUGCUACCUCCGGAAACAGCAGACUUUUCACGGCAACUACUACACAAAGCAGUACCUGGGCCCCACUGACCUCCAGAAGGCCCCCACGCAGCACGAGCUCCGCCCCACCAAAGCCGGCGGCGGCCGGGACCACGACCGGGAGGAGUGGGGCGGCCGCGAGCUCAAACACGAACGCGACCGCCGUCACCGUAGCAACUACGACGGAGACGAGUAUCCCGUUAACGGAUACACGAGGGCCAUGAGGGAGAGCGGCCGGCUCGCCAAACAGCAGAACCACCAACACGAACGACACGAACACGCAAAGUAUUCGAGCCCGCAGCAGGCCAGAUGUGCCCGAUACCCUCGGCCCCCCAAACCCCAGGGGAACGGCGCCCCCUACCUGUCGGAUGACUGCUACGAUAGCGGGGCCGAGGGCGAUUAUGUGUCCCAUACAGAUGGCUCUGUCAUCUCACGUAGAGAGUGGUAUGUUUGA